AUGGAAUUAUUCCCCGCACGAGCCGGCGAACCCCAGCAAUGGCAGGUACCGGUCGUCCUCCGCCCCGGCGCGAACCGCUCCCGACCGCACACGUGUGAAACCCCGCCCCUGGCGUAACGCCGUAAUGGCCCCAGUCCGGGCGCCACGUGGCCACCUCGACUCUCGGUCCCUUCCACUGGGUCAAUUCGCUCGCGGCUCCCCGCUCCUCCUUUUUAGUUCUUCUUGUCGCAAGAAUGAUGGCAAUUUUCUCCUCUUUUCUAUUCUUUAGUUAGAAAAUCCACCGGCCUCUGUUCCCCUUUUUUUUAUUUUCCAUUCGCCGUCCAAGAAGUUGGUAAUUAAAGGAGCUCCGAAUCUCUAGGGCUUUUUUUCCCCAGAUCUGCCAUUGCCGACCCCCUUCCGAACUGAAGGGUUUCUUCUGUUAUUUUCUUCUUCCUCUCUCUCUCUCUCUCUCUCGAGCUUCCGUUUGCUCUGGGAAUUAUCUUAUUCGAUCGAAUUCUAGGAUUUCUGAUUGUCGAGGGUCGAUCCUAAAUCUCUGAAAUUCUAUUGGUUUUGGUUUGAAUCGAAUUGGACGAGGAAUUGUAAGGUUGGUGUGUGGUGGUUUGAUUCAUUCAUGUGAGAAUGCCCGCCACGGACUACCAAGGCUCCUCGGUGCCGUUCGCGUCGAUCGGGCGCACGAUCCUGAGCCUCCGGCGCGACCAGCUCCACUCCGUGGACGGCCACGACGGCGGCUCCCGCCAGGACCAGGAUCUCGAGGUCUUCCAGCGCCAUGUUGCCGACCUCUUCCUCGACCUCUCCUCCUCCGCCGCCGGCGGAGAAGACCUCCUCUCCCUGUCCUGGGUCCGGAAGCUCCUGGACGCCUUCUUCAUCUGCCAAGAAGAGUUCCGCGUGAUCCUCUUCAACGGCAAGGGGAUCCUCUCCCGCGCCCCUCUCGACCGCCUCAUCUCCGACUUCUUCGAGCGCGGCGUUAAAGCCCUCGACGUUUGCAAUGCGAUCCGGGAUGGGAUCGACCAGAUCCGGCAGUGGAGCAAGCACCUCGAGAUCGUCCUCGUCGCUCUCCAUCCUUCCCACAGGACCCUCGGCGAGGGCCAGCUCCGCCGCGCCCGCAAGGCCCUCACCGACCUCACCAUCCUCAUGCUCGAUGAGAAGGACGCCGGCUCCGUCCUCAACCACCGCAACCGCUCCUUCGGCCGCGGAAGCCACGGCAAGGACAGCAACCACCACCACGGCCGCCACUUCCGCUCCCUCUCUUGGAGCGUCUCCCGCUCCUGGUCCGCCGCCCGCCAGCUCCAGGCCAUCAGCAACAACCUCUCGGCUCCUCGGGGGAAUGAGAUCGCUGCCACCAACGGCCUCGCGGUCCCCGUGUUCACCAUGAGCUCCGUGCUGCUCUUCGUCAUGUGGACCCUCGUGGCCGCCAUCCCGUGCCAGGACCGUGGCCUGGGGACCCACUUCUCGGUCCCCCGCAGCUUCCCCUGGGCGGCCUCGGUGCUGUCGCUGCACGAGCGGAUCAUGGAGGAAUCGAAGAAGAAGGACCGCAAGAAUUCGAAUGGGCUGCUCAAGGAGAUCCAUCAGAUCGAGCGAUGCACUCGCCAAUUGGCAGAACUGAUGGACUCGGUCCAGUUUCCAUUGUCCGAGGAGAAGGAGGCGGAGGUGAGGCGGGGGUUGCAGGAGCUAGCGGAGGUGUGCGGCGCUCUGAAAGAAGGGCUCGACCCGCUGGAACGCCAGGUGAGAGUUGUGUUCCAUAGGAUCGUGCGCAGCCGAACGGAAGGCCUCGAUAGCAUAAGCCGGGCUCACAAUCCCGAGUGAAUUGUUUGUGAUGUUGGUCGCAUGAGGAGUUUUUUUUUUUCUGGAUUAUUCAUGCUUGAUUUUUGGGAUGCAACCAUUAGAAGGAAGAACAGAGAUAAGGAGAAGAAGGAGCUGAAGAAAUUUAUCAAAUGUCUCCUUCCGCAAAUAAGGUUAACCAGGUAGUGCUCCUGUAUUUAGUUACUGCUGUACAUUCUGUAAAAAUUUGGAUUGUAUUUUCUAGUUAUGUUUCUGAUGAUGCUGUUUUGGCUUUCUCAUGUAUAACUAUCCAACAAUUUUCUCGAUUGUUCAAUCCUCAUUGAAAUUAGCAAAUACGUGGUAUGCGUUUCCUUUUGAAA